AUGAUGAAGAAAGAAAAAAUGUUAACUGAGGAUUACUAUGAUUCAAGUCUUGAAAUAUCUUCUGAUGAAGAUCUCCAAAUACAUUAUAAUUCUUCUACUACAACAGAAAUUAUUAACCCUAUACAUACACCUCAAAAUUCGCACUUGGUUCGUGCUCACACAAUUGCGGAAAUGAACUUCGAUAAUGAAAGUAAUGAUAGUAAAUCCUCUCACGAGAAUGAAAAAAAUUUGACAAAAGAUAAAAUGAUGACAGAUCUUUUAGAUAAACCGGAUAGUGAUAUACAAAAUUUACUUAAUACCAGCCCUCUUUAUAAUUCAAUCACAUCUAUUGAUAAAAAAAAAAAUUUUGUCAAUAAUUUAAAUGAGGAGUAUGAAUACAUAUCCUCUGACGAUCAUAGUAAUUCCUCCAAAUUAUUGUCGUUCUCUCCAUCAACUAAGAUAAAUAGUAUUAUUCCUAAUUCUAAAAAAGAAAUUAUACAAAAAUCUACUAUUAUACCAUCAAAAAUUUAUAAACUUAAUUCAAUAAAGACAUUUUCUAAAAAAAUAUUAAAAAAAUCAGAUUCAUCAAAUUCAAACGAUAGUGGUAUACAAUUAGCUGUUGCUGGAAUAAAACAUACUCUUUGUAUUGAAGAUCCAUUAUUAAAAAUAAAAAAUGCUAAAAAAGAACGAUUUAUGAGUAUUCAUAAAGAAGAACCAUUACCAUAUCCCAAGUCAUUUUCUUGGGAUUGGCCUUAUUGUAAUGAGGGUGUAGCUAAAGGAUUAUAUACAGCAGAGGCAUUUACUGUCUGUUUACCAUUUAAUAAUGGUGGUACUGGUGUUUCAAAUAAUACAACAAGAAAAUUUGAAAAAAUAUCUGAAUCUAAUUUUGCCUGGCAAGUUGGACUUUCAAAUACCUCAAUGAAUGGUAACUGUUUUUGGAGAAUGGAACUAGAAGUAAUAAAAGGACUUAAUAUGAUAGCAUUAAUUGUUUCAAGAGACAUCUCACGUUUAGAUGAUACAUCAAAAAGACUUAAAAAAGUUAGAAAAGUUUAUAAAUUACCUAAUUAUUAUGAUGUAACAACACUUGCUACAAAGUCCUAUGAUUGGGGAAUUGUUUUAACUGCUAACAAAAGGAAAGAAAACAGAGCUAAUAAAAAUUUAAAAUUCAAAAGAGCAGAUACAUAUACUUAA